AUGAAAAGAAAUAUGCCACAUAAAACCCUGCUCCCUUUCAUGGUGGGAGGUGCGGUAGCAGUUGGUGAACAACCGAUCAAAGGACUCAUUUGUCCUGCGGCCGGAGCCCGGAUGACCGUAGCGGAGACGUUGACCAAUCUUCUCGCCGCUCCCAUAACUGACAUCAAGGACGUGAAAAUGUCAGGCAACUGGAUGUGGGCAGCCAAAUGCGAUGGCGAAGGAGCUCGACUAGUCGAGGCUUGUGAUGCUCUUUGUGAGGCUCUUGCUGCUGUCGGAUGUGCGAUCGACGGUGGUAAAGAUUCUCUCAGUAUGGCAGCGAAGGUCGAUGACGAGCUGGUGAAGGCUCCAGGUACUCUGGUUCUGUCCGCAUAUGCGCCAUGCCCUGAUGUUACAAAGGUGCUCACACCUGAUUUCAAGGGACCGCGAGGUGGCAACAACCCCACAAAGAUCGUUUAUGUUCGAAUGGGGAGCUCGAUGAAACACAAUCGACUGGGUGGAACAGCUCUUGCUCAGGUUCUUCGCCAGGGGACGAAUCGCCAGAUGUGGAAGACCUUGACAUCGCUGGCUCGCACGUUCACGGCUAUUCAGAAGAUGAUCACGGACGAUUUGAUUCUCUCAGUCCAUGAUGUGUCCGAUGGCGGCUUCAUCACAUCACUUCUGGAAAUGUCGUUCGCUGGCAACAUAUCGAUCAAAGUUGACAUCAGCUGUGAAUCAGGUGGAUCUUUAGUCUAUUCAUUUGAA